AUGGCUAUUGCAGAAAUCUUUCUCACCGCAUUCAUCACUGUGUUAUUUGACCAACUGGCCUCAGCUGACUUGAUCAAACUCGCUCAAUCUCGAGGAAUCAAUUCUCAGUUAAACAAAUGGAAGAAGACCUUGACCCAGAUCCUAGCCGUGCUUGCCGAUGCAGGCCAAAAGCAGAUAAAAGAGAGAUGUGUUGAUUUGUGGUUGCACGAUCUCCAGGAUUUGGCUUACGAAAUAGACGAUCUAUUGGAUGAUUUAGCCACCGAAUCUUUGCAUCGCAAGUUGAAUCGAGAAUCUCAUGUGAGCACCGAUACCAAUAAGGUAUUGAAGUUAAUCCCAACUUGUUGCACUAAUUUCACUCCCCGUAACAUUAUGUAUGGUCGUAAGAUGAGUUCAAAGCUAGAUGAGAUUACCAUCAAAUUGCAUAAUCUUGCUGAGCAGAGAAAUACUCUAGGUUUGAAUGCAAAUGUGAAUGUUGAAAGGUCGAAUAGAAGAAAUAGACGAUUGGAGGAAACUUCAUUGGUUGAUGAGUCCAAAGUAUUGGGUAGGGAAGGGGAUAAAGAAGCAUUGCUCGGGAAGUUAUUGGGGAAUGAAGCAUGUAAUCAAAAUGUCAACAUCUUGUCCAUAGUUGGUCUGGGUGGGAUAGGCAAAACCACUCUUGCCAAAGUUUUGUACAACGAAGAGAAAGUGAAGGAUCACUUUGAACUCAGGGCAUGGGUUUGUGUUUCUGAAGAGUUGGAUGUAUUUAAUAUUAGCAAGGCUAUUUUUCAAGCUGUAGGCGGGACGAAUCAAGAAUUUGCUAAUUUAGAUCUUCUUCAUGUGGCACUUAAAGAAAAACUAUGGAAGAAAAGGUUCCUAGUUGUUCUAGACGAUGUAUGGAAUGAAGACUACAGGGAGUGGGAACUCCUCCAAAGCCCUUUUGCUGUAGGGGCACCUGGAAGUAAAAUUAUUGUGACAACUCGAAAGACCAAGGUUGCAACGGUGAUGAACUCUUUUCAACCUUACAAUCUAAAGGUUUUGUCAAAUGAAAAAGCUUUGUCUCUAUUUGCUCAAUAUGCACUAGAUGAACAAAACUUUGACAAACAUCCAACACUUAAAUGGCAUGGUGAAAGCAUCGUGAAUAAAUGUGGCAGAUUGCCUUUGGCUUUGAUAACGCUAGGGAGGAUGUUGAGGACAAAAACAGAUGAUAGUAAAUGGGAGGAGGUGUUGAAUAGUGAGAUAUGGAAUUUAGAGGAUGGAAAUCAGAUUCUUCCGGCUCUAAGACUAAGCUACCAUGAUCUCCCUCCACAUUUGAAGCAUUUGUUUGCUUAUUGCUCCGUAUUUCCCAAGGACUAUGUGUUUGACAAGAAGGAACUAGUCCUACUGUGGAUGGCAGAAGGGUUUUUGUACCAAUCAGAUGUCAGUAAAUCAAUGGAGAGUUUGGGUCACGAGUAUUUCGAAGAGCUGAAGUCAAGGUCAUUUUUUCAGCCUUCAACUAAUGACCAAUCACAACAUAUAAUGCAUGACUUGAUUAACGACCUGGCCACAAAUGUUGCAGGAGAGUUUUUCUUUAGGUUGCAUGAUAAUGAUAUAUAUUGUAGAAGUGAAUCUUUGGAGAAAUGUCGUCACAUUUCAUUAAUAGGUCAAGCAUAUGGAACAUUUAGAAUGUUCAAGGAAUUACAAAGAGCUAGACGCUUGCGAACCUUCUUACCUGUGCCAUUAAAUCUUUGGCAGAGUUUCCAUUUAUCAGACGAUGUUCUUGUCGAAUUACUUCCCCAACUACAAUUCCUAAGGGUGCUAAGCCUAUGUAAUCAUUCAAUCACUAGUGUACCACAAUCCAUUGGUAAUCUCAAGCACAUACGAUACCUCAAUUUUUCCAAAACUGGCAUCAAACGAUUACCGGAACAAAUCGGUGACCUCUAUAAUCUACAAAGCUUGUUGCUUUGUGGUUGUCAUGAUUUAUCUAGCUUGUCCAUCAGUUUUGUGAAGUUAAUAAACAUGCGACAUCUUGACAUUAGUGAUACUCCAAAGUUGAAGAAGAUGCCCUUAGGGAUUGGUGGGUUGACGAGUCUACAAACUCUACCCAAGGUCAUCAUUGAAGGAGCUAAUGGAUUUAGAAUAUCCGAGCUUAAGGGCCUAUCUGAACUUCAAGGUCGACUUUCCAUUAUGGGAUUGGAGAAAGUGAUAAAUCCAAUACAAGCAAAGGAUGCUAACUUACAACAAAAGAAGGGUCUUGUUGAUUUGAAGAUGAUAUGGAGUGAUGUCUUUGAUGAUUCUCAGGAUGAGACGAUUGAAUAUGACAUACUUGAAGGGUUAAGGCCUCAUCAUAAGUUGAGAUACUUGAAGAUUUGCUUCUACAAGGGAACCAAAUUUCCUAAUUGGAUUGGUGAUCCCUCGUUUCAUAAAUUAACAGUGCUUGUAUUACGUGGUUGUAGAAGGUGCACACAUUUACCCACACUUGGAAGUUUGCAGUCACUUCGGAAGUUGUCUGUGUCAAGAAUGGAUAAGGUGAAGAAUUUGGGUUCUGAGUUACUUGCACCUACUAAUUCUUACAAUGCUAUUGCGUUUCCAUCACUUCAAAUCUUGGAAUUUUUUGACAUGGAAAGUUGGGAGAGUUGGUCGAGUAGUAUUGAUGGGAAAGAUGGAACUUUCCGAUCAUUUCCUUGUCUUCGUGACAUUUCUAUGGGAAAUUGUCCAAAACUAGUUGAAGUGUCGAUUGAUUCAUUACCAUUACUUCGGGUUUUACAUAUAGGAGGGUGUUUUGAAGUGGUGUUAAGAAGCAUGGUUGGUGUGUCCUCAUCAAUUGAGAUGUUGACAAUGGAUAAUAUUAAAGGACUUACUCAACUACAUGGAGAAGUUUUAAAAGAUCUUGGGGCGGUUGAAGAUAUAUGCAUCAGAGAUUGUGACGAAUUGAGAUAUUUGUGGGAAUCAGAAUCGGAGGCAUCCAAGUUUCUUGGAAGGUUAAGAAACUUGGAAAGAAGUGGAACUUCUUGGUUCCAAGACGCUGGAGAAUUACAAUUGCUCGAAUAG